AUGAAUCAGGAAAUAAUUGAAAUAAACACUAAUCAAAAUCAAACAAGUAAUAUAACAGAGUAUAACAACAACAACAAAAAUACCAGUGAAUACGAUGAAAAACACAUUAAAUUUGAUCAGAAUAUAAAUUUCAACGAAAGAACUCUACCUGGAACUCCAUCAGAAUCGAUAAGUACAACAAUAGGAAAUCGAGAAGUUAAAGCAAAAGAUUUAGCAGAUAAACUAGGUGAUGCACAUUUUAAAGAAUUACGAACAUCGCAAAUUAUUACAGUGUUGUUGACGUUAUCAUUAGCCACUAUUGUAUCAUUUGCUGAUCAGACAGGUAUAACAGUUGGUUUAUCGACUAUUGGUAAGGACUUAAAUGCUGAACAAUCAAUAAAUUGGGCAGGUUCAGCUUCAUUGUUAGCAAAUACUGUAUGUCAAGUCUUGUUUGGUAGAAUGUCAGAUAUAUUUGGUAGAAAAGCCGUUAUAAUGUCAUGUUUAAUGAUUUUAGUAAUUGGUGAUAUUGCAUGUGGUGUUGCAAGAAAUGCUGUUGAAUUCUUUGUAUUUAGAGCGUUAGCUGGGAUUGGAAAUGGUGGAGUUUCAUCCUUAUCAAUGGUUAUAUUAAGUGAUAUUGUUUCAUUAAAAGACAGAGGUAAAUAUCAAGGUAUAUUAGGUUCAAGUGUUGGUAUUGGUAACGCUGUUGGACCAUUUAUAAUGUCAGCAUUUAUAAAAAAAGCAAGUUGGAGAGCAUACUAUUAUUUCUUAGCACCUUUGGGAUUUGUCGUUAACAUUAUCUUGUUUUUUGCCCUUAAAGAUAACAAAAAAGUUGAUGAUGUAUUAUCAAGAAAAGAAAAAUUCAAAAAUAUUGAUUACUUUGGCAUCUUAGCUGCAACUGCAGGUUUAACAUUAUUAUUAGUACCUUUGAAUGGUGGUGGUUCAACAUAUAGAUGGGAUAGUACAUUAGUUAUUGUAAUGUUUACAAUUGGUGGUGUUAUCUUGAUUUUAUUUUUAGGUAUCGAAGCUAAAUUCGCGAAAUUACCCAUGAUCCCAUUAAAAUUAUUCAAGAGUCCAUCAUUGUGUUUAUUAUAUUUAGCUACAUUUUGCUUUGGUGCAACAUAUUUUAGCUUCACUUAUUAUCUACCUUAUUAUUUUCAAAUUGUAAAAGGUAAAGAUGAAUUACAUACAUCAAUCUUUUUAUUACCAUUAGUUUUAUGUCAAGCUGGCUUCUCGGCAGUUGGUGGUAACAUUAUUUCAUUUACUGGUCACUAUUUCUAUAUUGUUACAAUUGGAUAUGGUUUAUGGUUAAUUAGUGCUGGUUUAUUAUUAUUAUGGAAUCAAACUUUAAAUGAUGGUAUAAAUGUCUUAAUUUUAUUGAUUAUGGGAAUUGGCGUUGGUUUUAGUUUUCAACCUUCAAUGGUUAGUAUCCAAGCAAAUUGUAAAAGGUCAGAACGAGCAGUUGCUAUAUCGACAAGAAAUGUUUUAAGAUCAUUUGGUGGUUGUGUUGGAAUUGCUGCUGGCUCGACAAUUGUUAGUAAUUCUGUUUUGAAAGAAUUAGAUUCAACACAAUCCCAAUCUAUACUAAAUGAAGAUACAAUCAAUUAUAUUAAAUCACACAUUUAUGAAAAAAUUGAUAUUUCAAAUUUGAAUCAUUCUCAAGUUUAUCAAGUUAGACAAAUGUAUGUUGAUGCUUUGCAUAAUUAUUUUUAUUUCAUAAUCGCAUUGAUGGCAGUUUGCUUUUUAACUGCUUUCUUUGUUAAAGACAGAGGUUUACAAUGUAUUGAUGAAGAACCAAUUAAUAAAAAGAAUGAUUUAGAAUUAUCAGCAAGUUCAACAGUAACAUUAAAAUGA